AUGCAGCUCACCAGCCUCUUUACCGCUACUACCCUCUUCAUGGCUUCCACUGCCACUUAUGUUUCCUGGGACACUGGUUAUGAUGAUCCUUCUCGUCCCUUGGAAGAUGUGUCUUGCUCUGACGGCCCCAAUGGCCUCAUCACCAAAUACCAUUGGCAAACCCAGGGUCAAAUCUCCAACUUUCCCUACAUUGGUGGCGCCCAAGGCAUUACUUGGAACUCUCCGCAAUGCGGAGCCUGUUAUAAACUGGAGUAUGGAGGUCGCAGUAUCCAUGUCUUGGCUAUUGACGCCGCUUAUAAUGGCGGCUUUAACAUCGCGCUGAAAGCCUUGAAUGAGCUUACUGACGGCCAUGCUAUUGAGUGGGGUCAUGUGGAUGCUAUAGUUACGCAGGUUCCUACAAAGGAGUGUGGAUUGAAUACCGUGGAAUGA